AUGUUAUCAAUGGCCGUAACCCCAAGUAAUACUUUAACUUCACAAUAUCCAACAAAACAAGAAAAUUACAACCAAAAUUACUGUUCUAUUAAAUCGCCAUCUCCAACAUCUACGCCAACCUCAACAUCAUUAACCAUGACUUCUCCACCACAAUUACAUAAUCCACAUGCAUCAAUAACUUUACCAUCAAUACAUUCCUUGGAUAUCCCAGCUUUUCCACAUUAUGAGCAAGAGUAUAGUCGAGCUAGUGUAUUCCAAAACUAUUCGUCGAAUUCACCCACACCUUCCAAUAGUUCAUAUUCACCCACUUUAUUGAUACCGAGUAACGAUAGACCGGCUUCCUCGUCUGUGUACUCAAAUUCUUCAAGCACUUUAUUAUUAAGUCCUGGUAUGUCUACUACACCCAAUGUAAAUUGUAUUGCUCCUGUGUCAAGACCAAGAAGUACGUCAAAUUUGACAGAAAAUUCAGAGCAACUGUUUACUUCACAACAACUGCAUCCAGCUAUACUGUCUAAUGCCACUAUUACAUCACCUCAACUUUCAGUGAAAUCAGAAAACGAGCAACUUCAUGAACCACAAAACUCAAAUACUAUUAUAUCACCAAGACAGAAUAAGAAAAAUUGGAAACCAAGAAAGAAGAAACAAUGUCCUGAAUGUAAUUUAUAUUUUUCAAAUUUAGCUACUCAUAAAUCGACUCAUUUGAAACCAAACAAUCGUCCUCAUAUUUGUAAAUAUUGUGAACGAGGAUUUGCUCGACCAAAUGAUUUAUUCAGACAUGUCAAAUGUCAUUGGAAAGAAAUAGGGUCAGAUCAAGGACAAUUUAAAUGUCCUUUCAAGAACAUCGAUUCAUCUAAAAGAGAGAAUCAAGAAAAAGUAACUGGUAAUACUGGUGUACCAGAUCAUUGUUGUCAUAAUACUGGGAUAUUUUCUCGAUGUGAUACAUUCAAAAAUCACUUGAAAGCUAUUCAUUUCCAAUAUCCAAAUGGUACGAAAAAGGAACAAAGAAAUCUAGUUAAUGGUAAAUGUAGAAUGUGUCAACAAGAAUUCAGAAAUGUCGAUGAUUGGAUGCAUAAUCAUAUAGAAACUAAUCUGUGUCCUUAUGCUAUUAAUUUGAUCAAAAAAGAACAUUAA